AUGGUUCGGUCACUACAUCUAAAUUCCUUGGUUGGACGUGAUGAGCCAUUGGGAUCCGAGGAAGUGGAUCAGGCCGAUCUACUUACCAGGAUACAGCAGGCCAAGAGUUUGGAUGAGAACUUGCAAAAAGUGGCUCUUAACGAUAAGACGAAGUAUCAGAUCACAAGCAACGAAACAAUCUGGGAUAAAACAGCCGAGUGGGUGGCGAGGUGUCCUACUUGCCAGCUUCUGAAGGCCGAACAUCAAGUGCCCAAUGGUAUGCUCCAGAAUCUCCCCAUACCAGGGUGGAAGUGGGAUCACAUCACAAUGGAUUUUGUGACCAGUUUUCCUACGACCAGGAACCAAAAGGAUGCGGUUUGGGUGGUGGUUGACAGACUAACCAAGUCGGCCCACUUCUUACCAAUACAGAAAGGAGAUGGAGUGGAUCAGAUCGUGAGGAUUUACUUGGACGAGAUAGUACGUCUGCAUGGAGUGUCGGCUAGUAUUGUCUCGGACAGAGACUCUAGGUUCACCUCUUACUUCUGGCAGGCUUUUCAAAAAGCCUUAGGAACAAGAAUGAACAUGAGCACAGCCUAUCAUCCUCAGACGGAUGGGCAGUCAGAGAGGACAAUCCAGACAUUGGAGGACAUGUUAAGGGCCGUGGUGUUGGAUUGGGGCGACUCAUGGGAAAAGCAUCUACCCUUGGUCGAGUUUGCCUACAACAACAGUUUCCAUACUAGCAUUGGGAUGUCACCUUAUGAAGCACUGUAUGGACGGCCUUGCAGGACGCGAUUAUGCUGGACCCAAAUGAUCACAUUCAAAGGGAGGGCUAGAGUUUCUGGCAGAAGAAAACUAGACCCUAGGUACUUGGGUCCGUUCAGAAUCAUAGAAAGAGUUGGGGCUGUGGCUUAUAAGUUGGAACUGCCACCAGCCAUGGAUGCGUUCCACAACAUGUUUCAUGUGUCCCAACUCCAAAAAUGUUUGUCUGAUCAGGACAUAGUCCUACACGAGAUCCCUACAGAUUUGGGUAAGAAUCUGACUCUAGAGACGAGGCCGGUCCGCAUAGUGGAUCGAACAGAAAAGACAACAAGGAAGAAGACCAUUCCCAUGAUCAAGGUCGUGUGGGAAUACAAUGGCAAGGAUGUAAUCACUUGGGAAACAGAGGCAAGGAUGAAGGCCGAGUAUCCUGAGUGGUAUGAUCAGGUGGUCCCCGAGGAAACACAUGAUGAGGAUUCGAGGACGAAUCCAUCCCAAGUGGGGGAGACUUCUCAUGUCCCCAGUCCGAGAUAG